GUGCUGCCGACUCCUCCUCCGCCCCGCUGCUCGACAGGGACUCGCUGCAGCUGCCCGCAGGGCUCUCGGUGAUGAGGGUGGCGUACGGGGACGUGUCUCACCUCGGAGUCUUCUGCACGGACCCCAUCCCCAAAGGAGUCCGCUUCGGCCCUUUCCAAGGCAAAGUGGUCAACACCAGCGAGAUCAAGACUUACGACGACAAUUCGUUGAUGUGGGAGGUCUUUGAAUACGGGCGCCUGAGCCACUUCAUAGACGGGAAGGGCGCCUCUGGCAACUGGAUGUCCCUGGUGAACUGCGCCAGGUUCCCCGAGGAGCAGAAUUUGACGGCUAUCCAGUGCCAGGGGCAAAUCUUCUACGAGAGCUGCAAGGAAAUCUUACCGAACCAGGAGCUGCUGGUGUGGUACGGCGAUUGCUACGUGCAGUUCCUGGGCAUCCCCAUCAGCCUGAAGGGCAUGCCGGAAGGGAAGAAGCCCCUGCAGCACCCCGAAGAAGCCGGGGAGAGCUUUAAGUGCGAGCGCUGCGGCAAGGUUUUUGCCUACAAGUACUACCGGGACAAGCACCUCAAGUACACUCGCUGCGUGGACCAGGGGGACCGCAAAUUUCCUUGUCACCUUUGUAACCGAUCCUUUGAAAAAAGAGACAGGCUGAGGAUCCAUAUUCUCCACGUUCACGAAAAGCACAGACCUCACAAGUGCUCAGUAUGCGGGAAGAGCUUUUCCCAGUCCUCCAGCCUGAACAAACACAUGAGGGUUCACUCCGGGGAGCGCCCCUACAAAUGUGUCUACUGCAACAAGGCAUUCACGGCAUCCAGCAUCCUGCGCACUCACAUCCGCCAGCACUCGGGGGAGAAGCCCUUCAAGUGCAAGUACUGCGGCAAAGCCUUCGCCUCGCACGCAGCCCACGACAGCCAUGUGCGGCGCACGCACAGCAAGGAGAAGGGCUGCACUUGUUCAGUGUGUGGCCAGCACUUCCCAGAGCAGGAGGAUUACCACUUGCACAUGAAGACUCACAGCGCUCAUUAG